AUAUCCUCUCAUCCUCCAUCACUGGCCUUUUAACUCCUUCAACACUGUCAGGAACUGUCGACUAUGGCGUCUGUCUUCCACCCUGGGCCGCCGUCGGGGACUCCUAAAUACUCCUUCGCCCAACAGCCAAACACAGCAUCAGAAGGUGCACGGCAGCAUAGCUUCUAUCCUUACACUGAUAAUGGUGGCUCUACUCUCGGUAUCGCAGGCGCCGACUUUACCAUCAUCGCCGGCGACACGCGCUCCACUUCAGGCUACAGCAUCAAUACCCGCUACUGCCCAAAAGUGUUCCGAAUUGGGGGCCCGGAGUCACGCAUUGCCCUAUCCGUCGUCGGAUUUGCGGCGGAUGGGGACGCCCUCAAGGAGCGCCUAGACACUAUUCUCAAGAUGUACAAAUACCAACACGGCAAGACUAUGAGUGUGGCAGCCUGUGCGCAACGGCUCUCGCAUAUCCUGUACGGAAAGCGUUUCUUCCCUUACUACGUGCAUGCGAUCCUAGGUGGACUGGAUGAGGAGGGCAAGGGUGCGGUAUACAGCUACGAUCCUGUGGGCAGCUAUGAGCGAGAGCAGUGCAGGGCCGGCGGCGCGGCCGCGAGUCUGAUCAUGCCCUUCUUAGAUAAUCAGGUCAACUAUAAGAACCAGUGUAUUCCUGGGCGUGGAACUGGACAUGAACUGCGGCAAAGAGUGCAAGAGCCGUUACCGAGGAAAGAUGUCGAGCAGCUGGUUGAAGAUGCGUUCAGUAGUGCUGUAGAGAGGCACAUUGAGGUGGGCGAUGGGUUGCAGAUGAUCAUUAUCACGAGCAAAGGCAUUGAAGAGAUAUACAAGCCAUUGAAGAAGGACUAAGAAUAUCGAAGACCUGUGGUGUGCAAAGAGGUAGAACAGUUGUACAACACCCAACCAUACUCAACGCGGCAAUUCAAGUAUACAUAAUCUGAGCUUGGUCGGAGGACAAAUGCUAUCGUGCCAUCUCCCACGCAACAUCAAUGAACCCGCAACUGAGAACCGUGUGGCUCUUGGGCGGACUAAGGAUACACAAACACCAAGUAAUAUAGCUGCAUUGCAUAUAAUCUAUUGUGAAUCGAAAUAAAUACAACAGAAAGUAAAUGCU